CAGCUAAAAAGUGGGAUGUCGUCUUUAUUCCACGUUACUACUAUCAGGCACUGCAGCACCAUUCCUUACGAUAUUUCUACUCUCAAGAUGGAGCCAUCUCCAUUUAACAGAAGACAAUGGACGUCACAAUCUCUGAGAAUCACUGCCAAAGAACUUUCUCUGGUCAACAAGAAUAAGUCCUCGGCUCUCUUGGAGAGAUUCUCUAAGUAUCAGAAGGCAGCUGAAGAAGCUACUGCAGAGAAAAAAAGAAAUAACACAGAAAAUCUUCCUCCUCUUUUUAGAAGGGGGACUCUGAGUGUGUUGAAGAAGAAGUGGGAGAAUCCAGUAUCGGGAACAGAGUCUCUGAAGGAAGACCUACAAAGCAACUGUACUGAGGUUAGGCAGAAGGUCGUCAAUUUGAGUGUUGGAGUAGAAAGCAACCCUGCCUCUGUAGCAGAAACGGACCAAAUGUCCAGGGUCUAUACUAGAUCUCCACUCCGAUCGCCUUCUGGAGCUUCUGGCCAACUGCAGUAUCCAAGAGUUGACAGCAAGGAGACCAAGAGCCAUAAACUGGAGAGUGGCAAAAUGGAAAAUGGUGUAAGAGAAUCCAGACAAGAAGUAGGCAAACCUGAGGCCAGUGAAAACCCAGACUCUCCAGGGAAGAUAGAGAAAUAUAGCAUUCCACUAAACAAACUAAAGAUGAUGUUUGAGAAGGGUGAUUCAACUCAAACAAAGAGUUUUCGGGACCGGAGUAGGACUGCAAGUAGCAGGAGAAUCUCUGAAAACAGCUUCUCUUCAGAGGACCUUGACAUCAGCUCUGCUUCAGAUCACGUCAUGUGUAGCUCUCCAACACUGAACUCAGACAAGCCAGAGAGUAGAAGAAACCUGGAGAUGCCUCUCCUGACAGAAACGUCAAUAAAGGAUAGACUGGCAAAGUAUCAGGCAGCUGUGUCCAGGCAAGGCAGCUCCAUAGGCCAUAUGAAUGAGAUUGAAGCCAGUGAAAUCAAGAGUUACAAGUCUGAGCAGAAGGAGAAUGUUCCACCAAGUCCAGAGGACUCCAUUUCCCAUCGAGAUCAGGAGAAGGUUUUCUUGGGUGAGAAGAGUCUGGGUUUCCACUCUCGUCUUUCUGAAGAUGGCACCGUUGAACUAAACUCAGAGAGUGAGUGUGAAACCAAGAGGCGUGUCUACACAAAGCAGCAGAACACUGAUUCCAAACCAACGAGCCAGACUGACACCUUGCCACCAAAAGCAGUGAAGAAGUUUCAGUUGCCAGCAAAGGAAACCUGUGUUGCAUGUCAGAAGACAGUGUACCCAAUGGAACGCCUCUUUGCCAAUCAGCAGGUGUUUCAUAUCAGCUGCUUCCGCUGUUCCCAUUGUAACAGCAAACUCAGUCUUGUAACAUAUGCAUCUCUGCAUGGAAACAUUUAUUGCAAACCUCACUUCAAUCAGCUCUUCAAAGCCAAAGGCAACUAUGAUGAAGGUUUUGGGCACAAACAACACAAGGAACUAUGGGUAACCAAAACUGAGAACGAAGAAUCCUUGGAGAAAUCUGGCGACACUGUAAAUACAACAGAAGGCCCUCAAAGUCCAGGAGUAGAGGAUGCCCCAAUUGCAAAAGUGGGAGUUCUGGCGGCUAGCAUGGAAGCAAAAGUGGCAUCUUUGCCUGAAAGGGAAGAGAAACCAGCAGAAACGAAGAAACUGAGAAUUGCCUGGCCACCUCCAUCAGAGCUAGGUAGUUCAGGAAGUGCUUUGGAAGAAGGUAUCAAAGUAUUUAAGCCGAAGUGGCCCCCAGAAGAUGAGGUGUCCAAACCAGAUGUGCAGGAGGAUGUAGACCUAGAUCUUAAAAAGCUACGAAGAACAUCCUCACUGAAAGAAAGAAGCCGUCCAUUUACAGUAGCGGCCUCAUUUAGAACAAUGUCUGUUAAAGGCCGUAGAACAGAGAAUGUGCCUUCUCUUUCCAAAGCAGACAGGGUUAUGGUAAAAACAAGUGAAGAACUAGACCGUGAAGCAACGAUGGAAAGAAAGCAAAAGGAAAAAAAAGCUGAGAAUGGUAACAUCCUUAACACUGAAGAAAAGAACAAAGAACGGGAGGAAGAAGAAAGACAAAGUGAAGUACCUGAUAUCAAGGCAUACAGGGAAGAGAACAUGGUACAGAAUGGUAUGGAGACAGAUGAGGAAGAAAAUGCCACAGCACAGCAGCCAUCUCCAGAUGAAGAAAUAUUUUACUCCAACUCUCCUAAACGUCUCAGUGUAUCGAAUGUGGUUACUGGUGAGGAAUUACCCGUUAAUCAGAAUAGCAAAUCCAGAGAUGAUGGGUUCCGGGAAGGUGAAGAUGUGGAAGAUCUAUCUGUGGAAGAACAGAUCAAGAGGAAUCGUUACUAUGAAGAAGAGGAUGAAGAAUAAAUUGGUCUUUCACUAGAAAACUUUCUGCAAGGUGCUGGGCCUUAAACUGGUGUGUGUUAGCUUUUAACAAGCAUCUGCCCUCUGUGAAAGUGAUGCUAUACUAUGUGUUCAUACAUUAGAAAACAGAAUAUACAGUUGAAGGAGAAAAGUACCGUAGAAACCUGCAAAAAUCAUAUCUAGCUGUAUGGAAAUGUUUGAUUCCUUGGUGUGAGAGAGUUGUUCCUAAAUCAAGUAAUCAAAACUCACAGCAUGAGAACACUGAUCUAUUCUGUACUCUAGUCACUGUUGUAUUUCUUUGUUUGUGCUUUGGCACUUAUUCCAGUAACAGUAGUUUGCAGGAUUCCACUGUGCUCCACAGUGGAAUUAAACACUUUCUAUAAUACACUAUUACCACUAUGAAUACGACUGUAGUGCUUGGGGACCAAUUCCAAAGGGAUUUGUGGGCCUGCUUUAAAAAUUGUGACUGAAUGCACUUUAAUACAUGUAAAGGGCACAGCUGGGAUGUUUUCCUCAUGAAAACACUAAUUUUCUUUGUGCUUAGUGUUUUGCAACUAAAAUAUCUUAAGUACAAAGAUGCAAUGAGAUUAUUUUUUGAUUUGCUUGCUCUUGAUCAGUGGAAAAACUUCCUACUUUGCACUCUGCUCUCCUGUGUACAAGAGAGACUAAUUCUAAACUGGAAUUAAUAGGUAGUACAGCCCUCUAGCUGACUAAUGCACCAGCAUAUCCCUUACUGGAAUAGCAGCAGUACAGAUCCCAUUGCUGGUACUCUUGAAGACAAGCCAUCCCUUUCACGGAGUCUGCAGGGCAUUAGUUUUAUAUUCCAUGUGCAUUUUUAGGUGAUUUUUUUUCCUGCUUUACUUUUCUUUCACUUCUGAUUCACUUAAAACUGCAAAUAACAUCUGUAAGGCCUUUUAACAGUUAUUAAACCCUACUUGUUCCAAACUGCCAGAGACCUUUUUUUUUAAUAGCUACAAUGUGAUACUUACACAUACAAAGUCUGAGAAUCAGUGGGGUUCUUUCCUGGAACUGGAUUCUAGCAAAAAAAAAAAUAUUUAACAGUGUGGCCAAGAGGGGCUGUCUUAGACUUCUGGCUAGGGGCUCCCCAUGAAGGCUAUGCCCAUUUGCUACAUUUUAGUACUUUUUAAAAAACUUGACUGGAUUGAUUUUACAAGUAAUUUGGAAGGGGAGGUAUGGUUUAUUCCUACAAUAGUUCUUUCUCUGUACUAUACAAUUUGAGAAUUGUCUUAACUAUUUUAGAGAUGUAAAAUAUUCUACUUCAUUCCAGUCUUGCUACGUAUGAAACAUUUGUAUUCAAUAAAGCUUUGUCAUUAACUUUGAA